AUGCCCUAUGGAUACCAGCUGCCUUACGGGGCACAUGUCAUUGUGCUUUUCCUUUCGCUCCUUUCCUCUUUGGUUCUCAUUAUCCUUUGCACCUUUUCUUCCCCAUUCAUCUCUGGCAUCAGCUGGCUCCGAAAUCCCUCUUCGGCAGGAGACACUACAUUCGGCUCUUUUGGCUGGUGCUCGCCCGACUAUUGCCUGCCCAAUAGAGUGGCCUAUGAAUACGGACAGCAAGUGAACAGGGCUUUGACUGGAGGCAUGAUGCUUUGGCCCAUCGCCAUUAUCUUCACCUUCCUCACAUGGCUUGCUGUAAUCCCUCUCCUCUUCGUUCACGACAACAGGGCACUUCGAACCGUUGGUAACAGGACCUUCUUUGUGAUCAUGAUGUCAACCGCCACCCUCGUGACAAUCGUCGCAUGGCUGUUAUCUAUCUAUGGAUGGAGCGUCGCUCAUCGUGCUUUCGAGAUUGCUGGCGUUGAGACCCACACGGGAUCGGCCAUGUGGUUGGGUCUUACCGCUGCGCUUUGCAUGUUGAUUGUGUUUGUCCUCGGAUGGCCAGCAGAGGCUUGGGACGGUACUUCUACUCGCGCAAACGGCGGCGCUGGCGCUCGAGGAUUGCCGGGGCCUCCUGGCGCACCUGGCGUGCCUACCAACGGCUACUACCACUAUAAGAAGACAACCAGGGAAGUAGUUCCCAGGUACUGA